UUUUGUCGUGCGGAAAGAGGCUUAGGCACUAACGCCGAGGUAGAGCAGCGAAUUUUAUCUUGCAGAUCUUGUUGAGAAUGGAAGAAUUUGAGGAUGAUUAUAUGUCAGAUGCCUUUAUAAAUAAACAGGAGGAUGUGAGGCCCGGAAUGCCCAUGGUACGGCGAAGGAAGGUAGCUUUGGAAAAGGAGACACACCACAAGGAAAUGAAUAUCAAAAACAGACAAAAAAGCUAUAAAGAAGUUGAAAAAGAAAGGAGGGAGACUGUGUUGAGCAGUUCUUUGGGACAAGAAAACAAAGGUUUUGCACUACUUCAGAAGAUGGGCUAUAAAACUGGUCAAGGGCUUGGAAAGGAAGGAGGUGGAAGAGUUGAACCUAUUCCAUUGAACAUUAAAACAGAUCGAGGAGGAAUUGGCCUUGAGGAAGUGAAAAAGCGAAAAGCAGAAGAAGAGCUAGAUAACUACAGAAAGAGGACUCAGAUGAAACAGCAAGCAGAGAAGCAAGCUCUAGAAGACUUCAGAUUAAGAAAGAGAACUGAAAAAGAAGAACAUCGAACUGAAGCAGAUCUCCGAAGAAGUCAACUAGCCUGUGAACAACUUGACAAUGAAAAGGGAGUGUCUGAUCCCAGAGAACCUUGGUACUGGCCUGCUCAAAUAGAAGAAGUAAAAGAAGAAGAAUGUGAAGAUGAGGAUGAAGAAUCUGAAGUUGACGAGGAGCAGCUUUCAUCUCUUGAAAAACUGCAGAUUUUGACAUCAUAUUUAAGAGAUGUACACUGUUACUGUAUAUGGUGUGGAACAUCAUAUGAUGAUGGUGAUGACUUGAGUGCAAAUUGCCCAGGAGACUCUGCUGCUGACCACGACUAGGUCUUCUGAUUUGGGUUAAAAUAACAAAAAACUGAAGAGGAUGAGGAGGAGCAGCAAAUUCCUUGUAUUUCUGUAUGAGACGAAUGUGGACAGACAAUAUGCAUGGGAAUGGUGCAUUGAACAAGGACCUUCUGUCUGUCUUGUUGAGCAAGUGGGACUUGAUGCUCAAUAAACUAAUGAUUGCAACUCUCACAUUUCAUUAUUGAGCACCUAACCAGACAGACAGACAUGACGUAAAGUAUAUGGCUGUUCACUUCUAUGCACAGAGUACAAAUCACAGAAUUAGAGCAUAACUCUUGUUAUAAGAAUGCAGAUUUUCUUAAUGUAAUGUCUUGGCACAAAUACUCUGUGUCUUUGUCAUGUCAUCUUAGUACCCUCUAAUGAAGUAACUUCCUUAAACAAGAUGUUCAGUCCAUUUCUGUUUUUGUUAAAAGAGUUGUAUUUUACUUCUGUUAAUGAUAAUGAUUCAAUGAUAUUAUCACUGUAAAGGUGCAACGAAAUGUAGUUAUUGCAUACCACUUGGGGUCAGAGCGCAGGGCCCAAUAGAGCAGCAUCCCUUCUGGCAGUAACAGGAUUUGAACUGGUAAACUUCCGGAUACUGGCACAGAU